GCCCAGGCGGUUCGUUCUGUUUUGACAGCUGGAAAGAGAGCAGCGAGGUCGAAAGCUGUCACUAUGUCUGGUAAUGAUUUAGAAUUAAAAAUCCAGAGAUUAGAGUCGAAAUUGAAAGAAACGCAAGAGCUUCUUGAGCACGAGAAGCGUAAAAAUGAAGGGUCCGUUUCGAAAAGGGAGAAAAUUAGCCAAAUGUCUGCUGAAGUCGUCGAUUCGAAUCCCUACAGCCGCCUGAUGGCACUGCAAAGAAUGGGUGUUGUCCAAAAUUACGAGCGAAUCCGACAGAUGACUGUGGCCGUUGUUGGUGUUGGAGGUGUCGGAAGUGUCACUGCUGAAAUGCUUACCAGAUGUGGAGUUGGAAAGCUCAUCUUGUUUGAUUACGACAAAGUGGAACUGGCCAACAUGAACAGGCUGUUUUUCACGCCUGACCAGGCUGGCAUGUCAAAGGUGCAAGCAGCUGCCAUGACUCUUCAGGGCAUCAACCCUGACACACAAAUCGAGACGUACAACUACAACAUCACCACGGUUGAAAAUUUCGACAACUUCUGCAAAAUCAUCAACCAGGGCAGCUUGACGGGCGGACCAGUCGAUCUUGUGCUGAGCUGCGUGGACAACUACGAAGCAAGAAUGGCCAUCAACACGGCCUGCAAUGAGCUGGGCCAGACCUGGUACGAAUCUGGGGUUGCAGAAAAUGCCGUUUCCGGACACAUCCAACUCAUCAUUCCUGGAGUCACCGCCUGCUUUGCUUGCGCUCCUCCAUUAGUUGUUGCCUCUCAAAUUGACGAGAAAACCUUGAAGCGUGAGGGUGUCUGUGCCGCAAGUUUGCCCACGACGAUGGGAAUUGUCGCUGGAAUGUUGGCUCAGAAUUGCUUAAAAAAACUGCUUGGUUUCGGAGAAGUGUCGUACUAUUUGGGCUACUCGGCCAUGCAGGACUUUUUCCCGACCAUGCGACUGAAACCGAAUUCAAGUUGUGAUGAUGCUCAUUGUAGAGCCAAGCAGCUAGAAAUGAAAGACAGGCCACGCACUCCGACAAAAUCCACCACAAAAGAAGAGGAGGAAGUGAUCCACGAAGACAAUGAUUGGGGAAUAAGUCUUGUUGGAGAAAACGAGCCGGACACAGAACCGGAAGAAAAAGAAGUGGCCAUAGGGAUCAAACUGGCCUACACCGUUCCAGCUGCUGCUACCGAAACGGAGAGUGCCUCGUCUGUCCAGGAAACGGAAAAAAGUCUGGAGGAGUUGAUGAAUCAAAUGAAGUCCAUCUAAAAAUCCAUACUCACAUACUAAUUUAUAUCCAGCACAUAGCACAUUACUAUGCUUUUUAUCAAACUUGUUGAUUUUCAGUAUAUUUUUGCAGCAUC